AUCGUCUAUUGGGUGCAGAAGUGGACAGCUCCCCUCCGUACAGGUAAACAAACAAAAGCACAAUGGCUCGUUUGGCUCCCUGUUACGGAUGCUUUGAAGCCCUUUUCUCUUUAUAACUCUCUGUGAAAAUCUCCAUUUUCCAGGCUGCGCAUCAUCUUUGAACAUGAACGGAAUUAUUUUAAGCCGCUGACGAAAAACAAGGCACCGUGUUCUCUCCACAAAGAGCAGUUAGGCGGAUGUUGUGACACCUGUGGUUGAUUCUGGAUCCCAGUCUCAUAAAAAUAAAAAGACUCCCGGGAGAGGUGCUCCGGCGCUGUUUGAUCUCGAGUGGGGAAGCGCAAAGGUAGACCUAAAGCCAUUUACGAACGCAUUAAUUUCUAAGCCGCUCUCGGUGCCUGCUUGCAGACAGGAAGGAGCAUGGAUAGAGAGGAAUUUGCUCUGACUAGUGCGUUGAGGGGAUUUACAGAGCUGGGGGUGUGCUCCUGUGGAAACUAAACUAAGGACAGUGGCUGAAGCGCCGUCACAGCUCGCCAUUUCCCUUGAAGCAUCUUUUCUUUAUUAUUUCAUAUUUUCGGCGUGGAGACAGAUCCUUUGUUUGAACAGUCAUGGGGAAAGAUGAGUGCAAAACAAUGCUGGACGCUUUGAACAAAGUGACCGCUUGCUACAGGCAUUUGGUCAUCGCCCUGGGAAGCACCUCGGACUCGCAGAACCUGCGAGAGGAGCUGAAGAGGACCCGCAAAAAGGCCCAGGAGCUGGCCGUGGCCAACAGGACUAAAUUGACCUCUCUGCUCAAAGACAAGACCAUCAGCAAAGAUGACCGAGCCGAGUACGAGCGCCUAUGGGUGCUGUUCUCAAGCAGCAUGGAGCUCCUGGAGGUGGACAUGAAAAGGUCCCUGGAGAUAGGGCAGGAUUUCCCCCUCAAGGUGCCGACGAGACACCUCAUCCAGACGGGGAUGACCGGCAGCACCACCACCGUGGCGGCCCGGGCCAUGAGCGUGCAGAACAUGAAGUACGAGGCGGACAGCAACAUCGACACCGCCGACCUCAGGGACCUGCAGUCCGAGAUCUCCCAGAUGAGCCAGAUGAUGGAGGAGAUGGAAAUGAAGGUGCAGGUGGCGCCGUGGGCAGUGGAGGCGAAGCAGGAGGCAGGCGCGGAGCUCAAGUCCAACAUGAGUGUAGGAAAUUCCUCUGUGGGUGUCAUCUCCAUCUGCGAAGAGGAGCCCAAAGAAGAAGACGGAGGAGGAGGCAACAGGGAUACCGGCUUUGCAUCCAUCUGCGCCGUGCUUGUAUUCUUUGUCAUCGUGACGGUCGCUGCGGUUCUGGGGUAUUUGGUCAUCAAUAUGUCCUGAACUUUCCUCACCAACAGAUCGUCCUGAUGGGCACCCUGCACGGCUGCCCACGGGCGCGCAACCGUGGUUUAAGAGCCAGCGGCUCCACAAGAGAGAGAAAGAGCAAUUUUUUGUGGGAUUUGAGGGGCUGAAACAUUUGCGGACACACAAGUUAUUAAUCUCUCUCGGAUUUGUGAAUGUAUUCGGUGGAGUUGAUGAGUUCCACUAGAUAAAAAAAAAAAAUUAGAAUAGCCUAUAGGCCAGUGUGUCAUUCGUUGAGGAUGGCCUCCGGCACAAUUUGAGGUUAAGUUUUUUGAGGGGCCAAGGGUCGUGUAUUUUUGGAUUCUUGGGG